CUGUUAUCAUUCCCGAAAAUGGCGAAUUUAGCAGCUGCUGUUGUUGCUGCGGCUGGCAGAGAUCCCGCGGUUGACCGUUCAUUGCGCUCCGUCUUUGGUACGUUUAUUUAUAGAGUAAUACUAGUUGUUUCAAAAGUGUAUGUAUGUCGGAUAAUAAGGUAGUACUGAUGUGACAGCUAGUUGAGCGAGCUGGCUAGCAUGCAAAACGCGCUAGACAGUAGCUUUAGCUAGCUUCCUUUAGCCAACGCGUUAUCACUGAAAUGUGUGCAGGAUCUGUAUCAAAAUUCUUUUUUAUAGUAUGUCUCACGUUAGCUAAACUAUUCAUCUCUGUCAGUAUUACAAAACUUGAGCAAGAAUCAGGGUUUACGGGAGACGUUGAAUAUGGCUAUUCCUCUAAACCCAGAUUCUAGUUCACACGAAACUGUUGCUAACUAUAUUGAACAAAAAUAUUAACGUAACAUGCAACAAUUACAAGAUUUUACUGAGUUACAGUUCAUAUAAGGAAAUCAGUCAAUUGAAAUGAAUUAAUUUGGCCCUAAUCUCUGGAUUUCACAUGACUGGGCAGGGGUGGAGCCAUGGGUGGGCCUGGGAGGGCAUAGGCCCAACCACUUGGGAGCCAGGCCAAGCCGAUCAGAAUGAGUUUUUCCCACAAAAGGGCUUUAUUGCAGACAUAAAUACUCAGUUUCAUCAGCUGUCCGGGUAGCUGGUCUCAGACGAUCCCACAGGUGAAGAAGCCGGAUGUGGAGGUCCUGGGCUGGCGUGGUGACACGUGGUGUGGUCUGCGGUUUUUAGUCCGGUUGGACAUACUGCCAAAUUCUCUAAAACAACAUUGGAAGUGGCUUAUGGUAGAGAAAUUUACAUUCAAUUAUCUGGCAAAGCUCUGAUGGAUAUUCCUGCAGUCAGCAUGCCAAUUGCACGCUCCCUCAACUUGAGACAUCUGUGGCGUUGUGACACAACUGCACAUUUUAGUGGCCUUUUAUUGUCCCCAGCACAAGGUGCACCUGUGUAAUGAUCAUGCUUUUUAAUCAGAUUCUUGAUAUGCCACACCUGUCAGGUGGAUGGAUUAUCUUGGCAAAGGAUAAAUGCUCACUAACAGGGAUGUAAACAAAUUUGUGCACAAUUUGAGAGAAAUACGCUUUUUGUGCGUAUGGAACAUAUCUGGGAUCUUUUAUUUCAGCUCAUGAAACAUGGGACCAACACUUUACAUGUUGCGUUUUAUAUUUUUGUUCAGUAUAGUUAGUUAGCUAGCUAGCUAAGUGUAAACCCAUGUUAGCAAUGUGUAUAGCUAGUUAGCUAUAUAGCUUGCUAAUAGUGUCAUAACACAGUCUUGGUCAUAAUUAUAUCACAUAGCUAGCAGUGCUGUCUGCAGCAGGUGCUUAGCUAGCUAGCUAACUUGCUGUUGUUUCACAGACAACAGCAACGGGAAUUAACAUGUCUGGCGCUUCCAAAAUGGUUAGCUCAAAUCAAAUCAAAUUUUAUUGGUCACAUGCGCCGAAUACAACAGGUGCAGACAUUACAGUGAAAUGCUUACUUACAGCCCUUAACCAACAGUGCAUUUAUUUUUAACAAAAAAAGUAAAAAUAAAACAACAACUAAAAAAGUGUUGAGAAAAAAAGAGCAGAAGUAAAAUAAAAUAACAGUAGGGAGGCUAUAUAUACAGGGGGGUACCGGUGCAGAGUCAAUGUGCGGGGGCACCGGACUAGUUGAGAUAGUUGAAGUAAUAUGUACAUGUGGGUAGAGUUAAAGUGACUUUGCAUAAAUAAUUAACAGAGUAGCAGCAGCGUAAAAAGGAUGGGGUAGGGGGGCAGUGCAAAUAGUCCGGGUAGCCAUGAUUAGCUGUUCAGGAGUCUUAUGGCUUGGGGGUAGAAGCUGUUGAGAAGUCUUUUGGACCUAGACUUGGCACUCCGGUACCGCUUGCAGUGCGGUAGCAGGGAGAACAGUCUAUGACUAGGGUGGCUGGAGUCUUUGACAAUUUUGAGGGCCUUCCUCUGACACCGCCUGGUAUAGAGGUCCUGGAUGGCAGGAAGCUUGGCCCCAGUGAUGUACUGGGCCGUACGCACUACCCUCUGUAGUGCCUUGCAGUCGGAGGCCAAGCAGUUGCCAUACCAGGCGGUGAUGCAACCAGUCAGGAUGCUCUCGAUGGUGCAGCUGUAGAAUUUUUUGAGGAUCUGAGGACCCAUGCCAAAUCUUUUCAGUCUCCUGAGGGGGAAUAGGCUUUGUCGUGCCCUCUUCACGACUGUCUUGGUGUGUUUGGACCAUGAUAGUUUGUUGGUGAUGUGGACACCAAGGAACUUGAAGCUCUCAACCUGUUCCACUACAGCCCCGUCGAUGAGAAUGGGGGCGUGCUCAGUCCUCUUUUUUUUCCUGUAGUCCACAAUCAUCUCCUUUGUCUUGGUCACGUUGAGGGAGAGGUUGUUGUCCUGGCACCACACGGCCAGGUCUCUGACCUCCUCCCUAUAGGCUGUCUCAUCGUUGUCGGUGAUCAGGCCUACCACUGUUGUGUCGUCGGCAAACUUAAUGAUGGUGUUGGAGUCGUGCCUGGCCAUGCAGUCAUGGGUGAACAGAGAGUACAGGAGGGGACUGAGCACGCACCCCUGAGGAGCCCCCGUGUUGAGGAUCAGUGUGGCAGAUGUGUUGUUACCUACCCUUACCACCUGGGGGCGGCCCGUCAGGAAGUCCAGGAUCCAGUUGCAGAGGGAGGUGUUUAGUCCCAGGAUCCUUAGCUUAGUGAUGAGCUUAGAGGGCACUAUGGUGUUGAAUGCUGAGCUGUAGUCAAUGAAUAGCAUUCUCACGUAGGUGUUCCUCUUGUCCAGGUGGGAAAGGGCAGUGUGGAGUGCAAUAGAGAUUGCAUCAUCUGUGGAUCUGUUGGGGCGGUAUGCAAAUUGGAGUGGGUCUAGGGUUUCUGAGAUAAUGCUGUUGAUGUGAGCCAUGACCAGCCUUUCAAAGCACUUCCAUGGCUACAGACGUCAGUGCUACGGGUCGGUAGUCAUUUAGGCAGGUUAUCUUAGAGUCCUUGGGCACGGGGACUAUGGUGGUCUGCUUGAAACAUGUUGGUAUUACAGACUCAGUCAGGGACAUGUUGAAAAUGUCAGUGAAGACACUUGCCAGUUGGUCAGCACAUGCUCGGAGUACACGUCCUGGUAAUCCGUCUGGCCCUGCGGCCUUGUGAAUGUUGACCUGCUUAAAAGUCUUACUCACAUCGGCUACGGAGAGCGUGAUCACAUAGUCAUCCGGAACAGCUGGUGCUCUCAUGCAUGCUUCAGUGUUGCUUGCCUCGAAGCAAGCAUAGAAGUGGUUUAGCUCGUCUGGUAGGCUUGUGUCACUGGGCAGCUCGCGGCUGUGCUUCCCUUUGUAGUCUGUAAUAGUUUUCAAGCCCUGCCACAUCCGACGAGCGUCAGAGCCAGUGUAGUACGAUUCAAUCUUAGCCCUGUAUUGACUCUUUGCCUGUUUGAUGGUUCGUCGGAGGGCAUAGCGGGAUUUCUUAUAAGUGUCCGGGUUAGAGCUGGCCAAUGUCCUGCGAUCCAGGCUGUGUACGCAAUUUUUUUCAGAUUACAUUUAUUGUUGUCUAGCUACCUAGGAUUCUUGUAUUCUAUAAGUUUCUCCACAACUCAGUCAAAUUGCUGACUGGAACACUUACUCAAUUUUACAGUGGGAAACAUUCCAUAUGAGGCCACAGAGGAGCAACUGAAAGACAUUUUUUCAGAAGUCGGUCUCGUUGUCAGCUUUAGGUAAGUGAGCAGUCUUAGUGUCACUCGGUCUCCUUUUUACUCAAUUAAAUACCUGAUUUAGCCCCCAAAACAUAUUUACCAGCCCUCUGGUUGACCUAUUUCUGAGAAACGUCCCAUCACCGAAGGAGAAUCUAUAAUCUGGAAGGCCUUACCAGUCGGUAUGGGUUAUACAAUGUGUGAACUACAGUAAAAUAGAAGUUCAUAUCAACAUUUUACCUAGCGAGCUCACAAGUCCCGGUUCUCCGUAGUAGUUGCCAGGCAAGAUUACUGCGCUAUCCCAGACUCUGGAAAAGUUGGAUAUAAACACUUAUUUUCACACAUUUUAUAACCCGUAUCGACUGGUAAGGCAUUCCGGAUUAUAGAUUUGCGUUCUGUGACGGGAAAAGUUUAUCGGAAAUAGGUGAACCAGAGAGCUGGUAAAUGUUUUUGGGGAUACUGGAUGUAGCCUUCAGCGACGGGAGCCCAGGUCUCCCCCGGAGCGAAGGGGCUAGCUUUUAUGAUACCUGUGAAAAUGGUUUGUAAGCCUUGGCCCUCUUUCAGGUUGGUGUAUGAUAGGGAGACGGGCAAGCCGAAGGGAUAUGGCUUCUGUGAGUAUCAGGACCAGGAGACGGCCCUCAGUGCCAUGCGGAACCUGAACGGAAGAGAAUUCAGCGGCCGAGCUCUCCGUGUCGACAAUGCUGCUAGUGAGAAAAACAAAGAAGAGCUCAAGAGUAAGUAUCCACUGUUGUGCACUAUUAACCACAAUGGAAAGUGUACACUGCAGUUCACUAUUAACCACAAUGGAAAUUUGAAGAGGGGAUGGGCCAUGUUUUGCUGCUUCUCAAUAAUUGGUAGAGAUGUUAGCUUUCAGCAUAACUCUUAGGACAUAACUCCUGUUGUCGUCCCCCAGGUUUGGGGACGGGAGCCCCCAUCAUUGAGUCUCCAUACGGUGACAACAUCGUGCCAGACGAGGCUCCGGAGUCUAUCAGCAGAGCUGUGGCCAGUCUGCCCCCAGAACAGAUGUUUGAGCUCAUGAAACAGAUGAAGGUGAGUGUGUUCUCUCAAUAGACUCUACGCACAGUGACCGCUGCUGUUCUCCCAGUAUCCUUGUAUUGAGAUUGUAUAUCAUCACAUUAUAGCAGGAUAAUUGGAAUACAUUGGACUCACAUUGUGGUGUAAUUAUCCCCUCCAGCUGUGUGUGCAAAACAGUCCCCAGGAGGCCAGGAACAUGCUGUUGCAGAACCCCCAGCUGGCCUUUGCCUUGCUGCAGGCCCAGGUUGUCAUGAGGAUUGUAGACCCUGAGAUUGCCCUGGUGAGACUUGGUUAUUCUGAAGUAUCAUUCAACUUGGGUCAGUGCAAAUGCACUCAUAAAUGGUUUUGAGUUAAUGGAAGCACCAGUGUUGUGGAUGUCUUACUGACUUUAGAGCGUAACUGUUCAGAGGCUUUUCUCCUUGAGCAUGAAGUAAUUCAGAGCUGAUAUUGGUCGCACAUGUUCUCGUUGAGAGAGGUGUCAAUGUGUAACCUGGAUGUUCCUUUGUUUGUUUGACCCCUUCUGUAGAAAAUGCUUCACCGUCAAACCCCAGUGCAGCCAUUGGUUCCAAACAGUCAAGCUGGACCAGUGCCAGUGGCCAACCAGCCUAUUCCCUCGGCCAGUGCUCCAGUCUCCCAGUCACAGCCCAUGGUGAAUCCACUUUGGCAGAUACCUACACUGACAUAUAGCUAGCAAAUCGUGUCAUUUAUUAGAAUUUAGAUCAAAUUAAGUAAUCUGGCAGUUUUCUACAUCUAUUAGAUCAACCUACACAAUCUCUAAAGCUAAAUUUAACAUUUAAUAUAUAUUUUGAAAUAAUUGUUACAUGAUGCAUGUCUGCUGUUCUCUGUCCUAAUGUCUGGUUGUGUGUGGUGGUCAGCCGGGCAUGCACAUGAACGGAGCCCCUCAGAUGAUGCAGCCCCUUCCAAUGGGUGGGGGACCUGGGCCCAUGCCAGGACAGGGACCUGUGGGACCACCAGGUAAGGAGACACACACACUCACACACAGCCUCUCUGUAUCCAGAAGUCAAAGGAGCACCCCUGUUGUGCUUCCCUUUGCCAUUUCACCCCAGGCGGGAUACAGUCACCGAUGGGAGUUCCUCAGGGAGGUCCCGUUCCUAUCGAUAGGGGACAAGGUAAUCUAACAUGCCUGUGUCUACAAUGAAGCUAUUUUUUGUUUUGUUUUAUGGCCUCACAAUCCAUCCACCCACCCAUCCAUUUCUGGUCAGCGGUCCCAGUGCUUCAAUUGAAAUAUCUUCCAGUUAUUAAGUCUUCGCUUUAUCACAUUUUGCCCUCUGCUUUUUUUUCAUGUCUUCCUUUCCUCCGUUGCUCUUUGUUGACACUAGGUGGCAGUGGGAACUAGUGAUUGAAGAGCUUCAGGCCUAGGGUUAACUCAGCUUGCGGAAAUGCUCAUAGAUUGCCGUUAGAAAUAUAACGUAAUGGAUCAGAUAUGAUUGUCCAACUAUGUAGAUAUCAGUGAGACUUUUAUUUUUAGGGGAUACUGAAGUACAUCUCUAUCUGCAAUAUAUUUGUCCAACAUUUUAACCACUAAUUGCACCUCAUCCACUUCAGCCAUCCAUAUCAGUUAGGAUUUAGCACUGCCUUCUGUUUGCUCUGAACUGUAGCUAUGAAGUCAGUGUGGCAUGCGAUGGUGUGCUCCUAUGUGUUGCUGCUUUGCUCUCUGAGUCGUGUGUCUCCUGUUUUUUUCACUUAAUGCUGGCUCAGGAAACCUCCAGCACUCUCCCGUAGGAUCGUCUGGUCAGGCUGCUAUCGAGCGACCUCAAGGUAUCACCCACACCCUAACCCCAGGCUCCGGCCUGCCUCCCCAGACUCCAGCCAGGCCAACAGGGCUGUUAUGAGCUGGCUAUAGCCUGACGACCGGGGCUGGAGCGCUCUUAUUUCUUAUAUUUGCUAUGUAAAACACGAGGAACUUUUGAGGGCACAAGUUGCAAGUCGAACUUGAAAACAUCUCUCGAGCAGUAGUUAUGUAGGUGUCCUGUCAGAAUAAAUACAUUUAGGUAAUUUAUAAAUGUUUUAUUAAUCUGACUGGUCUUGCAUACAGUUACAACGAAGUAUGGGUGUUUGCUUCAGGCUAACAAUACCUAUUUAAUUGUUAUAAUAACCUGUCAUGUCAUAGUUUGGGAGAGGCGUGUGGUGCAACCGCAAACUAUGACUGAUUAGUCCCAAGAUACAAGGUCGAUGAAUUAUUUGAGUGAUUGCUGUAGUUGCACAAUGUUCCUAAGAAAGCCCAUAUGAACAAAUAGAAAUGUAAUGUCAAGGAAUAGGAUUAAUACAUUUCUUCUAGCACGUAUCUGUGUUGUAGACUAAGACCUGCUGUUUUUGCAAUUACAUGAUGAACACCCCGUGGUCUUCAUGUGUCACUAACGCAUGGCUCUUCUAUUGAUGUGACCAGACGUACAAGACACAAGUAGGCAAACCACUUGAAUGUAGAUCAUUUUCAAAGAUGUGCCGUGCUCCUUUUGUGAGAGACCUCCCUCUUUGGUAGAGUACUACCCUGUUCCGCUGUCCCUCGGUCCUCUCCCUGUCUGUGGUGUGAUGGUGAGCUGUGUCACUGCUGUGCUGUGGUUAAUGUGACCUGUAGGAUAUGUCUGUAGAGUGUGACCUAUGGCAGUGAUGUGAUAUGACCAUAGAAUUCAAACUCUAUCUCUAUGUAUGCAUUACGGCGUCGUGAGUGAUGUUGUGUGCUGUGAUAGGUGGAUUCCCUCCUACAUGUCUAUGGCUGAGUGAUGUGUGUGUGU